CCGGCCUGUUCGAAUCUAUAAAUAUCACUUCAGGUUUUAUUAAAUAUUACGGAGUAUCGAUCAAAUAAAUGGACGGGUGCGCGUUAGUUGGUUUUGUUGUUGGCGCUUUAUCGGAUAUUAUUGCAUUUAUUUUUCUGAUACAAGCCAGAAACGCUAUACCCGAUGUAGCGACAGAUUGUGAGAAAAAGGAUUACAAUUGGAUGGCUGGAAUGGGCUUUCUUGUGGUAGCUUUCGUAUAUACUAACCUCAUUGGAAUUGUCAGUGCCGCAAGAAAGGAGCCCCGCAAUUUCACGAAAACAUAUGUCGGAGUAUAUUUUGGUCUCUCAUGCUUAAUACAUGGUGCGGGGGUUUACUUUAUUGUGAAGUCUCAAAGUAAAGUGUGUCUGUGUGUCAAAUGCAAGGCUUAUCUAGUCUAUGCAAUGAUUCUGUGUAUGGUUCAUGUCGGGGUUUGUAUUGUGGCGUUACUCAUAACUCUUUGAUGAAAUCUCAACCAGUCAACCAGCUGAAUGACAAUGCUUUGAAUCCUCAUGUGAAUAGCUUGUCAUAUAGCUUAGCACAAUAUACUACUACUUACUUGCAUACUGAUAUGUACAAGAAAAUGAGGUCCCAAGAGAUUGUUUUGAAGUGGGUCGCUGAUUUACCUGGGUAGGCUCGAAAGGCGUUCUAUGCUGAUUAUUUUAGCAUCCCUUCUUUAUCUAACCAACCUCUAUCAUAUAUGAUACUACUUUUAUGUAUAUGUAUGACGUGACUAUCCAUAUUGUUCAUGUUGCGCUAAUGGCUAUUUUAAUAGAAAUCUAC